AUGGCAAAGUGGCCCAACGUACUAUAUCCUGUCUGCCUCUUAUGCCUUGGUCUCUCUUGUUGCUCUGGUACAACUUGUGCGCAUUCAAUUAAGAGUGCCAGAAUAUGGGUGGACAAUACAAAAGUGAGGGCUGUCCUAUUUGGUCUCUACAAGAGUGUUCUUCUUAUUAAGCCUAAGGCUCUUGAAAUGCUGCUUAUGGAUCUUCCUGGUCUUUUAUUUUUUUCCACAUAUACAUUACUUGUCUUAUUUUGGGCUGAGAUCUAUCACCAGGCAAGAAGCCUUCCGACUGAUAAACUUAGGCCUGCUUAUUAUAUUAUAAAUGGAUUUAUAUACUUCACACAGGUGUGCAUCUGGAUUUUCAUAAGAGUAAGCCGAAGUCCUGUUGCCGUAGAAGCUGCUAGAAUCUUCUUUUCAGUUAUUUCAUUCGGUACUGCUCUGGGAUUCUUGAUAUAUGGUGGAAGGUUGUUUAUCAUGCUGAGGCACUUCCCCAUUGAGUCAAGAGGCCGUCAAAAAAAGCUGGAGGAGGUUGGAUGGGUCACAGGCAUUUGCUGCACUUGUUUCUUGAUAAGAUGCUUGGUGCUCGCAGUUUCUGCAUUUGACAAAGAUGCAGAUGUCGAUGUCGUGAAUCAUCCUAUCCUAAACCUUAUGUAUUACAUGUUAGCGGAGAUUGUUCCAUCUGCUUUGGUGCUUUUCAUCCUGCGAAAGGUGCCGCCUAGGCGUGUUUCUGAUCAGUACCAACCCAUAAAAUGA